AUGAAAUCGUCUAUUUAUCGAUUAUUUUUUUUCUUUACAAUUUAUAUUAAAUAUGGAUAUAACUAUCCAACUGGUGCUCCAGAUACUAUUUGUGGUACAAUGACCCCUGGCCAUGGCGUUUCUUCACAAACAUGUUCAUCAAAAUUUACGCUUAAAUCUGAUAAAUCACAAUAUAGUACAAAUGAUGUCAUUCAUAUUACUGUUAAUGGUUCAACGAGUACUGAUGUAUUUGAAGGUGUUCUGUUAGUAGCGAAAACACAGACAAGUAGUCAGGUUAUUGGAACUUGGGUUGUUGUGAGUCCAACUACGAGAGUAGUUAAUUGUAAUAGUGUAGCGAAUACUGGUAUAACUCAUAUUUCAAAUGAUAAUAAAUUAUCAGUAGAAGCUCUUUGGUAUCCACCAGCAACUAUUACCGAUCCAAAUACUAUUAUCAGAGCAACGGUUGUUACUGCAUUCAGUACAAUAUAUGUUAAUUGUUUUAGUAUUACAUUAAAUCCUAAACAAGCUAAUAUAUCUUCUAAUGGUACAACUGUAAGUUCAAGCAUGACAGCAAUGUCAUCUAGCGCUGUAGCAAGUCCUACAACAACUACUCCUGUGGUCUCUCAAACGAGUGAUGUAGGCGUAAAUAUUAAUUGGACAUAUACAAAUGGUCUGACAUCAGUUAAAAUGCAAAUUAAUAAUCUUAAAACAUCACAAUGGCUUGCGUUAGGUCUUUCACUUGAUCAACAGAUGGGUGAAGAUCAUGUAUUUGUUUGUAAGCAUUUAGCCGAUAAUACAGUUGCACUUGAACGUCGUAUUAAUCCAGGUGGUCAUACACCUCCAGUUCUAGCAAGUACUAUUGCAAAUCCAGGUGGUACUCUCAAUAUUAUUACACAGAAACUCGAAAAUGGUAUAGCUUAUUGUGAAUUUACUUUAUCAAAUUUUACUAGUUCAACACGUCGAAAACGUGCUAUUUCUGUACUUUCUCAAUCUACACCUUAUUAUCCACUUAUAGCUAUUGGAAAUUUAGAUAGUUCAAAUCAAAUGAUGCAACAUGCAUCAGAAACAGCAUUAUCACAAAAUGUUCAACUUAAUCAACAAACAAAAGUUGUUUAUAAUAUAGAUGGAAGUGGUGAUUCUGCUCAAUCAAAUUUAAUGAAAGCACAUGGAAUUAUUAUGAUAUUUACAUGGAUAUUAUUUGUUUCUACUGGUAUUAUUCUUGCACGUUACUUUAAACAAACAUGGGCAAAUAAAAAACUAUGUGGUCAUCCAAUAUGGUUUGCUGUUCAUCGUGCGUUAAUGCCAUGUACUGCGUUAUUAACAAUAAUUGCUUUUAUACUUAUACUUGUUUAUGAAAAAGGUAAAUGGAUAGAAAAAGAUGAACAACCUGAAUUUGCUCAUUCAAUUGUUGGUAUAAUUGUUAUAUGUUUUGUUAUUAUUCAACCAAUAAUGGCAUUAUUUCGUUGUAAACCUGAUGCUGAUUAUCGUUUUAUAUUUAAUUAUCUACAUAGAUUUGUUGGUAUCAGUGCACUUAUACUUUCAAUUGUAGCAAUGUUUCUUGCUAUGUUUUUUACACAAUUUAAUUUUAAAGCUACAAAAGUAUGGGGUAUUUUAGUUGCAUGGUCAUGUUGGUUACCAAUUAUAUUUAUUAUUUUCUGGUUUAUUGAUUUUCAUUAUAAACAAGAAACAACAGAAGUAAGAAAAGCUGAUUCAAUUGAUAUGAAUGACGUACAAAGAAACGGUCCAGUACAAAUUAAUACCGUGGAAGUGGUCAAUAAUACUAAAAAAGAUCGUAUUAAAGGAAUUUUUCUUUUAAUUCAUAUUCUGGUUGCUUUGGGAUUGGCAUUAGCAUUGGCUAUUGUAGUUGGAAAAGCAUAA